UGUUAAGUGGGAAAAAUCCCAUAUCAAUUAAGGGGAAACUUUUAGACUUAAUAUGAUAGGAGCUAGCCCACUCAUUCUCAACUGGUUUUAAGUUGGGUGUGCACAUGGUAUCCAAGCCCAGGCCCCAUUUUAUGUUGAGACCAUUUAGUGUGCAACCCAAGGGAGGUUGUUGGAAGCUGCUAGCACCACCCAGGGGAGGUUGAUAGUGGCUGGUGAGCAUGGUUGUUAGCCAAUGUGCAGGGAUGAUGUUCAUGUUGGAGGGGGCAUGUUAAGUUGGAAAAACAAUGAUUAAGGGAAACUUGUUGGCUACUUAAUUUAUUGCUAAUUGGUUUUAGGUUGGAUGUUCACAUCUAGUAAUUCAUAUAAGCCUCAAAUGGUCUAUUUUGGCCCUAGGUUUUCCUGCUUUCUGGGAAAUCAUCAAGCUUUAGGUGUUAUGACCUUAAUACAAGUUCCUAUAACUUAAGGCCAAUUGGUUUUUUAACCUUGACAGUCUCCCUUGUCCAUCUAUAUCAUUAAAGUGUUUGACAAGUCAUUGGAGAAAUGCUUUACUUUGUUGCUUAGGAUAUGAUUACUUUCUAAUUGGUUGCUGAAGCAAAUAUAAGACCCAAAGUAAUUUCAGUAUACCAGCAAAUAAUCCCUUGAUAAAACUUUGGUGGCAAAUCCAUCCUUUAACGCACAAACAGUACCAAAUUUCCUCAAAGUGGAUGGAAUACGUUUGUCAACCCAUCACUCCACAUUAGAUAAGUUAAACAUUGACUAAUGUUUUGCAUCCACUUUGGGGAAAUUUGCUGCUGUUUGUGAGUUGAGGGUAAUUUCCACCAAAGUUUCAUUAGGGGCUUAUUCACAAACCUUGUUCAGAGUUCUAGAGUACCAAUUCAGUUUUUCACUAGUCCAAUUUAAUGGAUAACUUGAUCCACUUCACACAGAAUUAUGUCAGUUUCCCAGUUGCUAAUCUAAAUAUUGUUUGGGAAAGAAGAGAAAAAAAUAUGAAAUGAUGCAUGGUUUCCUUCAUAAUUAUUUUAAGUUGAUGCCAUCAUAUAACCAGUAAGAUUGUCUUUCUGUUUCCUUAGCUUUUCAAAUUUGGAAGAAGAUUCAGGAAGACUCACAGAGGGACUUUGGAGGCGAGCAUUUGCUGCUGGUGCUGUCACACCGAUGGAGAAAAGAGCCUUUAGAAUUGCAGAUGAUAUAUAUGAAGCAGGUCUUCUUUUUGCAUACUUGGCUCUUGUUCCAUUUUGUGAAGCGGGAACCAUGGAUAGCCUUUCUUUGCAAGUGAGUGUCUGUUGAUAUUUACUUUAUUACUGAAAUUGCUUUUGUCCAUUUCCCAGC